UGUGGUCCAGCUUCAAGUGAUCUAACGAUCAGUCCCGAAACCGGAGGUGAUUUUUCAAUUAUUCCAGUAGUGAAAAUUCCGGUCUUGACUUAAGAGUGAUUGAUCGAAGAUCGAUAGUUUAUUUUCCGAAGCAAAAAGUUAAGAUUAAAACCUGUGAAAUUGUUUAAGUUUGGCUAUGGAGAUACCAACAUAAUCAAAGUGUGAAGCUGAAGUGAACGAAAAAAAAAACAGUAUCAAUUUUUUGCAAACGUGAAACGGAGUUGACUGGCGAUGAGUCAUCGCAGAUUCCCGAAAAUUAUGCUCGGAAUCACCUCUUGAAGAUUGAGACUACCGAAAGGCAUACGGCAAAGGGUUUUUUCCCUUAUAUCAUCGCCCUGUGGGGAAUGAUCGUACAUUCCGGUAGUUUGUGGUUGAUCGAAAACCUGUUCUGAUGCAACGUGUUUCAUUACCUACGCCUCAAGUCUGGACAGAUUGUUCGGCCAUUCUUAACUUGUGACUUUGAGCGGAACAUCGAUUCGUGAUGAUUUGAGCUGGCAGUUUUUGAGUGAAAUCUGAUUCCAUAAAACGUUGUUAUUGAACUAGUGCUAAUUAAGAUAAAAAAAAUCAACACAAAUUACAAUUAUAAUGGCGAACGUGAUAAGAAUACCGACGGUUUUGUCAAUGGCGCUGGUUAUAUUGAUAUUUGCAUCACUGGUAUCAUCGGAAGGAGAAUCGUGCCACGAUAACAAGCCCUGUGGAGAUGAUGAGUUCUGUAACGAGCACGAUUACAGUUGCGGUCAUUGCAGUGAAAUUUGUGUGACCGGUGCCCAGAGCAAAGAUUGUGAGAAGAAAUGCAAAGAUUACUUAAUCAUUCAGAGAAUUGCCGUUCUGGAAAACAAUCUGUACACGACGAUCAUCAUCUUUGCGGUUAUCCUCGUCAUUCUGAUCCUGAUGGUGGCCAUCAUCGUUGCCCGAUGGUGUCGCAAAAAUGGCUACUGCUCCAUGUCUAGGCUGAAACGGUUCACCGGAGUCAACGAUAAACUUCCUCCACCGACGAUGGAGUAUACUCAUGAAAAUCCUAACACCAAAAGUCCUAAGCUCAGCGCACGCAUCAACCCAAAUAACAACGGCAGCACUCUCCCUCCGACCCCACAUGACAGUGGCAUCGGAAGUAGUCCAACGGCAGUGACCACCAUUUCCGGUACGGACUUUCCCGGCUACAUGGGUAUGGACAGGACUUCGAUGCGUACGCUCAGCACACCACUUAGUAGGACCAGCUAUCCGGCGGAAGAUUGGCGAGAGAAUCACUGUUACGAUAAUGGGGGCUUGGCAGUGACGCCCAUGGAAAACACUUACGAAUAUGUCGAAGCUAAUAUGAAUCAACGGAUGCAUCAAAGGAUAUGAGAUCGGAUUAAGUCGGGGUCGACGACGUAUCUUUGAAAAUGUUGGAACUUAAUUCCUCAAUGCAAAAGUGAGACUACUAUCUGCUGAUUUUCCUCAACUUCUGUCCUCCCAGGUGAUUAUUUCAAUCUAGAUCUCUAAACUUUACAGUUGAUGAAAGCAAUGCAAUGCAAUUGAGGAAUACUUACUUAAAGUGUGUAGAGGUAGAACUUAAUUAUUUUAAGCCACAUCAUUGACACUUUUAAUCAAUUCCUCACGAAUCAAUCAUCACAGUGCAAUGAAAGUAUGAAAAUUCAAACCAGUGAGUUCAAUUCAUGAGAUAUGAAUUUUAGCAUGUUAAAACAUAUCAUUCGUUUUGAUAGGUGUGAUAAAGUUAUUUGAAAUGGAUGAGAAGUGAGAUUCACGACACACAUCAAGUAUUCUAGUUAUCAAAAUAGUUUUAUUUUCAGUAGAGAUUGGUGUUACAUCCGUAUUUGGAUCGCGAUAUUAUAAUUAAAAUUCGAAUUUAAUUCAACAAAUUAUAAUCGCGUGUUUAUUUGUACUCUGGCAAAUACAACUUAAACCAUGUUGGUCCAUCUAAUGAAUGUAGACAAUAUUACACUCUUCUCUUUCUCUUGUUAACAUAUUAAUCUUCAUACCUCAAUGGCCGUCGGAUUUGGCGGAUCCAGAGUAUAAAAUUCAGUCUUAUUCCGCCAAGGGAACAAAUCACUUUUUCUCCCAGGUCAGGUUCCGUCGCAAACAGGUACUAGACUUCUCCAUCAGAUUCGUCGCUUCCAGAUUCCUCCUCGGUAAACCGAUUUUCCACCUGACGUACGUUGUGGUCACUGGAAAAUCUCCCGGACUCCGAUAUCUUGGUUUUACAGCGUUCACUUGUGUGGCCUUUUCUUCCACACUUUCUGCAUUUCUUGAGCCGAGCCGGACAAUGAGGAGCUUUUGCGAAAUGACCAGUGUUUCCGCAGCGGGAACAUUUAGCAUCGUUUGGCUGGCUGCCUAUUUUGUUGACAUCGGAGCAGCUGGUUACUGGGUUCAAGUUCUUGCGAUGCUUCCAAAGAACGACCCAAUUCAACAGUUUCAGCCAGGGUCAUUUCCUGUUUCGUAAAAAUUUUGAACCGCAGAUCGUCGGAUAUACCUUUCUCGAAGAUUUGCUUCUUUAUUUCGUCGUCCAGGUGGUCACCAUACUCGCAAAGGUUACAAUGCUCGCGCAGACGAAGGACACAUUUUUCAAUUGAUUCGUCCGGCAGCUGUUCGAUAUUGCGGAACUUAUGGCGCUCUAGUGGCAGGCAUUUCAUCGGCAGGAAAUAAUUAUCGAGUAACUAUAAUGCCACUGUGUACUACUGUGUAGUGAUCCGAUCCUUCAGGAAUUUCAGGUUCAGCAUCACCUCGCAAGCAGUAAUAAAUGUCCUGUACUUGCGAUCCGCCAUAAUGCAGCAGAUAAGACCUUUUCCGGCUGGGCAAAGCUACGUUGUUGACAUCCAAAAAGAUUUCCAAGGAACGUUUCCACUUUUUCCAUCUAGCAGAGACGGUAGCUGUGUCUCCGGUAUCAAACGGAGGAAGACUUUGAUGCAAUGGAUCCAUUUUUCGCAGAUUAUAACCACACAUUUUGUGGUUGCACUAACGCGGUUUUCCCAACAACUUUUACGUUCGAAUUUAAUCCAAUCGAUUACGAAUAACUUCCCCGGUUUUUUGGCCCUCGUCGCCAAUGUUACAUCCGUAUAAGGAUCGCGAUAUUAUAAUUAAACUCGAAUUUAAUUCAACAAAAUAAAAUCGCGUGUUUAUUUGUACUCUGGCAAAUACAACUUAAACCAUGUUGGUCCAUCUAAUGAAUGUAGACAAUAUAACAAUUGGCUAUUUAAUAAGAAAAGUUAGGAAUGAUAUAUUCUUAGUAAAACCUUUUAAAGGGUCAUACAGUCAAAAUUUGGUCAAGGGAAAACGCUUGUAAAUCGGUGAAAUCGUUUAUUCAAAAAAUGAAAUUAAAUUUCUUUUUCAAGUUCAAUUGGUAUAAAAUUCAGGAAAAAUAUUUAGUUAGGCUUCCGCUUUUCCAAAUCCGAAUUGCCAGGCCUUACGCUUAACCCCUGCCAUCAGACUUUGUACAGCCACAUUGUCCACCUUCUUCGCCGCAGAAAGCCAAUUUGCCUUGAACUGGUGCUCGUCCUUAGCAGUUUUUUGGUCUUGUUUAGGUUCCGUUUGACAAUAGCCCAGUAUUUCUCAAUUGGGCGGAGCUCUGGCGUGUUGGGAGGGUUCUUGUCCAUGGCCUUUUUACCGUAAUGGCAAGAUGCCAAAUCCGGCUAAAACAAUACGGAACAACCAUGUUUCUUCAGGAACGGCAGCACACUUAUUCAAACACUCUUUCACGUAAAUUUCUUGGUUGACAGUCCCGGAAGCUAUGCAAAUGCUGCUUUUCAAGCCACAGGUACAGAUGGCUUGCCGAACCAGAUAUUUCUUCGCGAACUUUGACAGUUUCAUGUGCUUGAAAAUAUCUGCUACCUUUCCCCUUCCUUUUGCCGUAUAAAACUCCUGUCCCGGAAGCUGCUUGUAGUCGGCUUUGACGUAGGUUUCGUCAUCCAUUACCACACAGUCAAACUUCGUCAGCAUCGUCGUGUACAGCCUCCGGGAUCGCGCUUUGGCCGUCGUAUUUUGUUUAUCAUCGCGAUUUGGAUUCACUACCUUCUUGAAAGUCGAUAGUCCCGCUCGUUUUUUGGCUCGAUGCACGGUUGUAGACGAUACACCCAGCUUAUUUGCGGCAUCUCGGAGAGAGAGGUUAGGGUUUCGCUUGAAACUACCGGCAACUCUCUUUGACGUCUCAGCGGCUUCCGGUUUUCGAUUUCCCCCCGAUCCAGACUUCCUGGCUGUCAACAAACGUUCCCCAAACACUUUAAUUACAUUUGAAACGGUUGAUUUGGCAACUUUUAGCGAUUUGGCCAGCUUUGCGCGCAAGUAGCUUGGAUUUUCGCGAUGCGCGAAAAUCUUUUUCCUUGGCAUUUUGACAACUGAAGAGUGAAUUCCAAAAUCAAAAUAGGAGCAACAUUCUACACACACACACACCUUAAAAAUGAGGGGUGUUCAGGUUUUUUAAAUGCAAAAUUGAAAGAAAUACGUCAAGUUGAUAUUGACCAAAUUUUGACCGUAUCAACCCUUUAGGGAUGGUAUCGCAUUUCAAAAAAACUAUGAAAACUGGAGCUCAUAAUACACAGACUUUUAGGAUGAACUUCGAACAACAAUUCACAACACAAAUAAAGGGUGUCCACGAUGAAAUUGCCACACACACACAAUUGAUUAGUAAGAUUCGAGUUUUCAUCCGAUUGCCAUCAGAUGAAAUUAAUUUUCAGGCAUUGAAAAAUGGCUUUUAAACUACAUUUUACCAUUUUACUCGUAUUUUAUUAACAGUCCAUAUGCAAAUGCCCACACCUUGGCUUAUGGCUUGGCCCAGCCAUAAGAUUCUGCAUGUAAAUCAAUGGUUUUUUGCAUGUAAACCCAUACUUUCUUCAGUUCCUUGACUGUCUUCACUACCUUAGGUCGUUUAAGAAGGUUCGAAGCUCAGCCUUCGUUUUGGCCUCUUUGAAAAACUUCGGCUUAGGUGCAGCUUCUUAGCCACAUCCCGAACGGAGGCGUUCGGGUUUCGGUUUAAGGCCCCAACUACGCGGUUGUGUUUUUUUUUUGUUGUACGGAAUACUUUUUCCUGCACUUCUGGGCUUUCGAUCGGUGGUCAAUCGUUCCUCGAACCACGAUUCACGAUUUUCAACGUUUUAGCGAUUGAACGAUGCGAGAGAUCCUUAUCCUCGCGAUGAAUGUGCAAGAUUUUAUCACCCAUGAGCUGUUCUUUCGGCUCUAUUUCCGCGAGUCUCGAUCACAGGACUUUAAAACUUGCAGGAUGUAAACAAUGCACUAUGAACUAAAUUCACCCAAAUUUUCAUUAAAUUUUGUUUAGUGAUUCCUCAUCCAAAGACCAAGUAAUAAAAAAUAAAUAAAUAAAUAAAUAAUUAGUGUGGCAAUUUCAUCGUGGGCACCCUUUAAGCUGUUUAAACGUCAUUUCCAGAUUAAGCGGAAGUGCUGUAUCAAAAUCGUGCUUAGACUUAGUGAAAUACUCUAUAGUGAACAUUGAAGUGAUAAUUUCAGUUUUAAAAUAGUAGUGAUUCGAUUCUUCUAUAUACGAAAAAUGUUUUUUUUUUUAUUUAUGAAAGAUAAACGUAGAAGCCCUAAAGCGAUUCUAUCUUUCUCACCUAAUGUACAUAUGUACGUUGUUUAACGAAGUUUGUAUUUCGGUUUCCUUAAAGGCAGGUUUUUCGAUAUGUUUUAUAAAAGUAACAAACGUUUGUAAUUGGUAAUAUAAUUUCAGUUAAAAGUAAAUGAAAAGCAUUACUAUUAUAAGUUGAAAAUCGUUUUAAUGUAUUCAUCAUUCAAACCUUAAGUACUACCGAAUAAAAUGCUUCCUAUCAUAAGUCAAACGAAACACACACCUUUUUCGACUAAGGUGAUUGACCUUUCACUCUACAACCUUUCGCACGCGAAUCUCGUUCCGGACACUUAUUCUAGCUUAAGUUUAUUGAUGUGGCACCAAUCGCUGGAUGGCAAAUUUAAGUUUCUUUUCAGUUCAAAUCUUCUGAUGUAAAUAGAAUUCAAAGGCAUGCCGGUAUAGUAUUAAAAUGAAGUACGGCCCACAAAAGGCACUGAUCGAAAUAAAAUCGUUUUAAAUUACGUAGCAGAAGGAGCUUAGUUAGCUUAACCCUCCAAAGCCGUUCGGGUCAAUAUGACCCGAAGCGCACAUUUCAAACAUGUUUAUCAUCAUUUCAAUAUACUGAUGAACUGGUAAUUAAGACAGACCAAGUAUGUUCAAUGAAAAUAAUGAUCAAAUCAACGCCAAAAAAUUAAAAUUUGAGUUUUGAAAAUCGGUUCAUUGGGAAAUGAAAUACAGCUAAGCAAAGCCAAAAUUGGAUUUCGUUCUUUUAAAGUAAGAUUUUUUUCUACCGGAAGAUUAGUCAUAGCGGUCAACACUUCCAUUGGACCCCAACAUAUCUAUACAUUGUCGGAUAGAUGGAUUCUUGACGAUUUCAAACAUUAAUAAAACAGUUAAAUACAGAAAAGCUGUCAGAAGUUAUGAGUAUUUUAAAAAUAAAAUUGAUUUUUCGGACUUUUUACUUUCUGGACCAGUUUCUGAUAAUGUGGUAAUAUUUAUCAACUUUAUUUUGAAAUGUUGAGUAAUAAGAAUAAAUUACCUACACAAUGAAUAUAAUAUCAUCAAAAUCGGUUAACAUUUGAAGCCAUGAGAACGAAAUCAAACUACAGUUCAAAUUUACCCGAAACGGAUUUUUAGCGAACGGCUUUGGAAGGUUAAGUAAGUAAUUUAUGAACUCUGUACAAUAGA